GCCGACUUGUUGUGUACAGUUGUCGGUGAAAGCUCCAACAUGGCUCAGCGUGUGGCGUCAGAUGGAAACAAGAAGACGUCCAGGAUCCGAGUGGCGGUCCGUAUGAGACCGUACACGGACAAGGAGGACGAGAAGGGCGAGGGGCCGUGUGUGCGAGGCUUGGACUCGCAGAACCUGGAGAUAAUCAACUGGAGAAAUGCAAUGGAAAGUGUCAAAUACCGCUUUGACGUCUACCACGGAGAGCAAACGACCCAGCAAGAGGUUUUCCUCUCAUCCGUGAAGCCCGUUCUCCCUCAUAUACUGAUCGGACAAAAUGCCAGUGUGUUUGCUUAUGGGCCGACAGGGGCUGGUAAGACCCACACGAUGUUGGGCACCUCAGAACAGCCAGGUGUGAUCCCCCGAGCUGUUCGUGAGGUCUUCAAUCUGGUUCAUGCCAAGGAGGAGGAUGAGGAUGAAGGAUGGGACUACGGCAUUAGCAUGUCGUAUUUGGAAAUUUACAAUGAGAAGGUUCUCGAUCUUCUGUCACCGAACUCCCAGGAUUUGCCCAUCAGAGAGAACAGGGACAAGAACAUUUUCAUCCCAGGCCUCACCCAAACCACCAUCUCCUCCUUCUCAGAUUUUGACAAACACUUUGUCCCUGCCACUCUCAAUCGAACCACAGCUUCUACAAAACUAAACCAGCGUUCCAGUCGUAGCCAUGCUAUUCUGCUCAUCAAGGUUGUACGGACUCAGCGUUCAUUACCACACCGACAACAGACCGGCAAACUGUAUCUGGUGGACUUGGCUGGAUCCGAGGACAAUCGGCGCACCGGGAACCAGGGCAUUCGUCUGAAGGAGAGCGGCGCCAUCAACCUGUCUCUCUUCACACUCAGCAAAGUGGUGGACUCUCUCAAUUCUGGCACGGCUGUCCGUGUGCCGUACAGAGACAGUAAACUGACACGGCUGCUUCAGGAUUCGCUCGGUGGAUCUGCUCACUCUGUCAUGAUCACCAACAUUGCACCAGAGUACAAAUAUUAUUUUGACACCUUCAGUGCACUGAACUUUGCAGCGAAAUCCAAGCUCAUCGUGAACAAGCCCUUUACACGUGAGAUUGUGACUGUGCCCGUGCUGCCAGUGAAGCGGGGCAGAGAGGAGCACGAGGCAGGGGGAUCUGGCACAGAGCCACACAAGAAGAAGCAGAAAGAGGAGAAGAAACCCGAACAGGAUGGUUCCUCACCUUCAGCACAUUAUCACAGUUUUUCUGAACCAUCAGUGAUGGAGAGACUAAUCGCUUUGGAGAAGAUGAUGAUGAGCUGCCAGGAAAAAGAUAGACAGACAGUACUGAAAGAUGUGGCCCAGUCUCGCAAAGAGAUCCAGGAGCUCAAAGAGAAGCAGAGGGAGUUUGAAAGCAAGGCCAUGCUUCUGAGUCGGAUGGGAGGAGAGAAAUCCAACUCAAAAGAACCGGCAUUCAGGAACCGCCCAGCCCCCCUUCAGAGAAAACAACCGACUUCCACAAAAUCCACGAAGCAGCAUGCUGUGGUUCAACCCUUGCAAGUGUCCCAGCUCCAGCCUCUUCAGCAUCUUGCCAUCACAAAAAAGCAGUCUGUCUGUGUCAAGAAGAAAGAGAAGCUCGCAGACCUGGUUGAGCCCCCAGAUGGCAAAGAGAACAUCAAGGAGAACUCCUGGGAGUCACAACUUGACACAUCUGUGCUGGAACAGUCCAGGCACAAAAUCUUGCAGAUUCUUAAUACUGGCUCUCUGAAAGAGUUGAAAGGUCUGCAGCAGAUCGGUGACAAGAAGUCAAAGCUUAUUCUGGGAUGGAGGGAGAUCAAUGGCCAUUUCACAAAGUUGGAAGAUCUGAUAAAAGUUGAGGGUAUGACGGAAAAGAGGUUUUCUUCUUUCAUGAAGACAAACCUCCUGAGUGCCAUGGGAAAGUGAUUUUUUUUUUCCUUUUUAUAUCAAUUUUUAUCCCAAAUGUACAUAUCUUUCAGUCGUUUUUGUGCUUUUUGUUUUUGUAAUGACAGCUUUUUGCCGCUGGUGGCACACUUGUGCUCUUAAAUAAACCCCACAUGCAUUGAA